CUUCCCACAGUUCAUGCAGUCAGCCACUUAACCAUGAAAAGCUGGUUCUCUGCUGACCUUUCCUCUGUUUGCCUUGUGAGUCAGUCGGUUUCUAAUUAGUGAACUCAAGGUUGCCUGUUUGUGGGGUUGAUAUAAAAGGUCGAGGGACCCCGUCGCAAGGACAACUCUUCUUCAUACUCACGACUCCCGCAUUCAGCGGAAAGCGGCUCUUCAUUCGCAAAUCUUUCUCUUCAUUGACGCUGUUCUCUUCGCAAUUUCGUAUAUUCUUCCUCUUCUUUAUCCUCGCCGUCAUGAAUUCAACUUGCGCAACACAUUACCCGUCCGGGUUGGGGAGUGGUCCCAUAGUAUCCGACUUCCCUGAUCCAGCAAAAAUGAAUCCUCAAACUGCGCUUCUCGAAGUCUUCUUCCCUGGAUUCGGUAUCUUUUCAUCUACUGUUUCUCGAUAUCUGAAAAUCGACCUUACACUCUACAUUCCCGCCCUAAUAGUACUCGGGCUCAUCGUCUUCGCUUCUCAACACAUCAACACAUGGAUCUGGGAGUUCGCCGACCAGCAUCUGAUGUCAACAGCAGACAUACGCAUUGACGACGAAAUGUAUAAUAUGGUAAUGGCAUGGAUCUCGAACCAGAAGUUUGCCAAACGCUCUCGUCGAUUUGUCGCCAACACCAACCUCAACUCGAGAAUGUGGUUCCUAUGGCGCGAAUUCAACGAGGACGAUGACAGGGACGAAGUCGGGGUCGAGUUUGACGAGAACGGAAUGGCAAUCGCCAGUGCUGGCAAGAAGAAGAACAAGAAAGUUCGAUUCACGCCUUCCUUCGGCACGCAUUACUUCUGGUACAAAGGACAACUUUUGAUAUUCCGCCGUACGCAAGAUCAGAGGCAGCAGUCCUGGGGUCCGGUUAGCGAGCGAGAAGAGAUCUCAGUACAAUGCUUUGGCAGAAAUCCAACGAUCCUCAAAGAUCUCCUCGAUGAUUGUCGAGUCGAGUUCCAGAAAAGCGACGAGAAUCGAACUAUCAUCUACCGUGGCGGUCUUAAGAGUGGUACUGCUGAGCCAGCUUGGACUCGCUGCGUCUCGAGAGUUUCACGUCCUUUCUCAACCGUCGUCCUGGACGAAUCGGUCAAGCAGAGUCUCCUUGAUGAUAUGAGAGAUUAUCUUCAUCCUAUGACUAGAAGGUGGUAUUCCAACCGCGGAAUCCCGUACCGCAGAGGUUAUCUCCUCUACGGCCCACCAGGAACAGGAAAGAGUUCUCUGUCUUUCGCCAUCGCCGGCUACUUCAAACUGAAAAUCUACAUCGUUUCCCUCAACUCCCCCGCAAUGAACGAAGAGAACCUCGGAACCCUAUUCUCAGAACUCCCCAAGCAAUGCGUCGUCCUACUCGAAGACAUCGACACCGCAGGACUAACCCACACCCGAGACAAUAACUCCUCCGCCCCCGAAGAAGAAGCCAAACCACUCGUAACCACCCUCCCCGGAACCACAGUGAUCAACCCCGCGGCCCCACCCACAAACAACAACACUUCAGGCCGUAUCUCGCUCUCGGCACUCCUCAACAUCCUCGACGGCGUGGCCUCGCAAGAAGGCCGCGUCCUGAUCAUGACCACCAACCACAUCGACAAGCUGGACGAAGCGCUCAUCCGCCCCGGCCGCGUCGACAUGCAAGUGAAAUUCGACCUCGCCAACACCGUCAUGAUAACGACCAUCUUCCGCUCCAUCUUCGCCACGCUGGAAGGCGACAUGCCCGCCUCUCGCAACAUCGUCAUCCGGUCCCCUUCCUCCACAAAAGCACCCUCAAAAUCACCCUCAGCCGAAGAAACACUCGCCACGAAACUCGCCGCCGAGAAAAAAGCCCUGGACGAGAAACUUGCAAAGGAGAAAGAAGAAGAGCGGAUCAAGGCGCUAGGCGAGGAUUUCGCGGCCGUGAUUCCCACGAUGACGUUCAGCCCCGCGGAGAUCCAGGGGUAUCUGUUGAAGCACAAACGGCAUCCGGAUACGGCGGUCGCGGAGGCGGCGGCGUGGGUGGAGAAGAUGAAGAUUGAGAAGAAGAAGAAGGCGAAGGAGGAGGAGGAGGAGGAGAAGGCGAAGAAGGAGGGGAAGGGGGGUGAGUUGGAUGAGGAGACGAGGAGGAUUGUUGAUGAGGCUCUGAGUGCUUGUUUGUGAAUACGUAGCAGAUUGGAGAUUAGAUUUUGGAUGCUAUUAUCUGUUUGGGCUCUGCCGAAAAAUUUGGGAUAGCCCGGGCGGGGAGAUGUAUGAUUAUGAAGAUAUGAUGUUCUAUUAGAUACCCAGUUUUGCUAUUUCAUAUGCACAUCUCUAUACCGAAAUUCCUUUAUAGAAUUCAUAAAAC